AUGCGGCAGCAGUACUGGUAUGGGAUGUCCGCCAAACUGGGCACCGUGCUGGCCGGCGUCUUCACCAUAGUGGCCACCGAAAUGUAUCUCAUCUUUGAAGAAAAGUACAUACGGGGCGAAAACUGCAGUGAUCUCGAGUGGGCCCAGAGUGAAACAAAAAUGAUAAGCCUGUUCUUGAUGUGCUGGGGUUUUGAAAUCGUGCUCUUAGUCUCCUUGGUCACCUGUGGCGUCAGCGUGUUCCUCCUGUACUCCGUGUACGCCGAGGUUUUCAGGGGCCUGCUGGUCUACAUCAUCUGGAUCAUUCUCUACGAAGUUAUGAACAUCAUCAUCCAAUUCCUCACCAACACUAACCCCAAAAUAAGGGCUGUGAGGGUGAUGCGCUGGUUCGGCUUGAUGUCCCGCAUAUUUAUGCAGUGUUUCUGGAUGUUCUUUGUCCUCACCCAUGCUUACACGCUCCACAAAAGUAAGACUCAGGGCCACAUCCUUACCUAUGACAGCCGCGUUUCCCCGGAACCCAGAAGCUUCCUGAGGCGGAAGUCGGAGACAACUUUUCCUGCCACUCGGCAAUAA